GCCGCUGCAAGUAACUCGGGCAACGGCGCCAAGGUGAUAGAGCUCCUCCUCGACCGCAGGGCAGAAGAAGUCACGAUUACAGAAGAUAUCGUCAAGGCCGCUGCAGGGAACUCGGGCAACGGCGCCGAGGUGAUAGAGCUCCUCCUCGACCGCAGGGCAGAAGAAGUCACGAUUACAGAAGAUAUCGUCAAGGCCGCUGCAGGGAACUCGGACAACGGCGCCGAGGUGAUAGAGCUCCUCCUCGACCGCAGGGCAGAAGAAGUCACGAUUACAGAAGAUAUCGUCAAGGCCGCUGCAGGGAACUCGGGCAACGGCGCCGAGGUAAUAGAGCUCCUUCUCGACCACAGGGAAGAUCAAAUCACGAUUACAGAAGAUAUCGUCAAGGCCGCGGCAGGGAACUGGCGCAACGGGGCCAAGGUGAUGGAGCUCCUUCAAGGACAUUGA